UUUUCACCAUAUAACGCGUUUGAACGCUUCCUUUCGAGUUCUCAUAAUAUUAGUUGUUUUGUCAUGGACUAGUAAUAACUCUACCCUCUUCCUCCGAGCACCUCUGAUUUAUUACUGCAUAAUAAUCAGUAUUGCUGGUACAUUUUCCAAAUCAUUUCAUUUUACGUAUUAUUUAAAGGUAAUUACAUUUAGGAAGCACCUUCAACUUUCUUUUACGUCGUAUUGCAUACGUUGUGUUUCCUAAAGAAAAUUUUCCUUUCCCUCCACCUUCUUUUUGUGCUGAUUCCCUUUCUCUUCGUUUUUAAAACACGUAUUUUCUAGCUAUUUUGAUUUAUUGCUGUACAAGUUGAAAAAUGUCAAAGAACGCUUUUUCUUCCGUGGCCGAUUCGGUCACUUCUUUUUUCCAGUCGUUGACAACAUCCAAUAGACACGCUGACCCUGCCUUUAACCCCAAUCGUCGUGAUAAAAAUUCAAGACUACCUACUCCCUUACAGUCCAUUGCUACCUCUGGGUAUACUGGCGUUAAUGCUAGUCAGACUGGGCUGUUGAGCGACAGCAGAAGUACUUCUACUCACAAUCUAUCGAACGCGAACUCCCAAGCUCCCACAAAGGUUCCUUAUGUCCCAGGAAGUCGCUCCAACGAACUUGCCAACAAUGCAAUGGAAAUUCAAAUGCAAGAGAUAAACCCUAAUGGAACUGCUAACUUGCCUGCUCCCGUUUCCGAAUCUUGGAGACGUAUUGAUCGAUGGGCAGAAGAGAAUUACUACGAGUUGUACUGCCAAUUAUGCCCAGGCGGUACUGCUGCCGAUGUUGACAGUCUUGAGUAUGAACUAGAGUGCACCCUGCCUCGUGACGUUCGUGAAAGUAUGUACAUCCAUGAUGGCCAAGAUCGUGGUGGUCAACUCACCGGAAUUUUAUUUGGUGUUACAUUAUUGGAUAUUGAGGAAAUUGAAGAAGAAUCCGAACUUUGGCGUCGUGUCGCUCAAUCUUAUGCCGAGGCCACUAUAGCUGGAAAGAUUGACCAGGCUGUCGCUUCCCGUCAAUCAUCUUUCCCACCAGGUGCUGUCCAGUGCGUGUAUGCUCAUCCUGGUUGGAUUCCACUCGCCAAGGAUUUCGUCGGUAAUAAUAUCGCUGUAGACCUUGCUCCUGGUCCCGCUGGUCAUUGGGGACAGGUCAUUUUAUUCGGUCGCGACCAAGAUACAAAAUAUGUCAUUGCUCGUUCUUGGGCUGACUUCUUAGCCAUUGUGGCUUACGAUAUGGAGAAUGGAAAAUGGGUAGUCGACGAGGAUGAUAAUUCUUUGCGUCUUAUCUACGGUCCUCCUCGCGAACAAUGGUCCUAUCUUGAUAUAUUGAAGUACAGAGCUCGUAAAGCUGAAAAGAGAAAGCUUAGAAAACAAGACUCGAAGAAUAACUCUGUCACUCCGAAGGACCAAGGAAGUUCGAAUGACCAAGAUUUGAGCUCUUCAACUGCUGUUUUGGAAAGUGGGUUGGAAGACGUUCCACUUUAUGGUCAUUCUAAGGAUGAUGACCACUUGUUAAAGAAAGAAGCCGAGGAAGAAGAUCUUGGCUUAAUGGAUGCUCCUAAGAAUAGCAAGGCAUCAAAGCCGGCUUCCGAUGACAAAGAAAUCAGCAAGGAACCAGCCUUUGAAGAUGCCAAAGAAGAAUCUUCACCCAAAAUUAACGAAAACGACAAAAAUAAAUCUCCUUCAGAAGCAAAGCAAAGUGGCUCCGACGAAUCUCAGAAGGACAGUGCUUCAACGGAGGAGGAACAAGAAGUCUCUAAUGAACAAAAAGAAGAUUAAUUCAAAAAUAUUUAAAGACUGCAUGUGUUUAUUCUUAAACUUUGGCAUGUAUUCACUAUUGUUAUAAUGACCCUUAGUUGUGCAUUUCAAAAGAUCAUUAUAAAGUCUAUCUAUCUAUUUUGAUGUACCCUCUUGACUAUAACUUUGAAGCUAUCUUUUUAUUCCAAUACCCUUUUGUUUGAAUUUUUCUUUCUUUUUAAAUCUAACUUAUGACUGCAAUCUACUUUUUUCUACGUUGCAAAUAUUACUUUUAUACUUAA